AUGCGCUUUGACCCCGAAGACGCGAAAAUGCAUCUUUGGCGCCGUCGACAACGCUCGCGGCCAGUCUUGCUUCCCGUGCUAGCGUCGGACUGCACGUGGAAAGAGGGAGAGGAAGGAGACCAUGGUGUGUGGUGGUGCUCAUCCACACGUUUGCCCUGCCGUGCCGUGAAAAGAUCGCUGACAAUUCGCGGCUACUCGAUCUCGCUAGAUGUCCAGUCAGAUGACGAGCUGGAUGAAAUCUUUCAAGCCAAACCAGAGAGAGCCAGACAGCGUGCGUGCCUCCCAAACAAGGUCGCACGAUCAUUCCAAAGGGGUGCAAGCAAAAGUGGCACGACAGCUAAGCCUCAGCUCGGAUUGGCCAUCACACAAGAAAGUCCUAUCUAUACGGCCAUGAUGAGCUCGGCACGCACUCCACAGAGCCCGCCAGAACUGCACGUUAGGAUGCCUCUGACCUGUUCGAACGCAAACGAUCGCAUUGGCUCGGUCCAGGUGCCGCGAGCGCCUUCACGGAGUAGUACGAGGACAGCAGAGCAGGAACGUCAGCGGUCCUUAAGCAACAAUGAUGCCGUGCUCCUGUUCGGACGUGGACAGACAGCGACCGGACGCUCUGACUUGCUCCAACAGAGCAACCGAUUGGCCUCUCGAAGCUAUACCGACUUGCGUGCUGCCUUGGAUCAGCCUGCGUCUGCCUAUCGGCCCAGGAAGCCUCUGCCGCCUAUCCCGAUGACACAGUCGCGUGCCGUCGUGAUCAGAUCGAGCGUCUCGAGAGAUCUGCCGCCUCUGCCCGUCGAGCUGCCUGUCCUGCCUCGAAGUAGGCGACACUACGACUCACUCGCGACGCGCCUUACCAGCGCUGUCUCUCACGCGGACCAGAUAGCAGCUUCUCGUCCCUUGCUCGAGCAAGGACUGUCUGGGGCCGAUCGCGCAAUGCAGGCCGCACGCUCGCCCAGCGUCACUACGAUCAGACAAGCUUCGACCUCGAGCACUGCGUCGCGUGCAACCACGACGAGCACGGCAGCCACCUCGACACGCUCCGUCAAGCUGACGAACCACGCUGCUGCCUCUGCGAUAGACGACAUGGUGCAAGCUCUCGAUAGUAUCCUUCCGGUCUACGCCCAGGAUGAUACCGUGCUCGCGUCCAGCAGCUGCAGCUGGUCUUCCAAGCAUCCCGCCAAGCUCAAACGACGUACCAAGUCAACAAGCAGCGCUUCCUAUAGAACACCGACAGUCGCGUCCAGCCUCUACUCGUCCAGCGACCGUCAGAGCCAGACUACCGUGUCACCCGGAGGACCCUUUCGUCACGCGCGCAGGCUCAGUACGCUUCUCUUGACAUCGCCCGAGCAGGCUCUAGCGACUUCGCCUGAGAGGACGCCCCGGGUUCGCAAGGUUCAAAAUGCUGGGCUGGCCGGCAGCAUGAUAUCUGCCACUGCGCGAAGCACGCAGAUGCACGACGAUUGCGACAGCUUGGACGUCACAGCGCAUGCUGGGAAUGCAAACAAUCUGGCGCCGCAUCGGACGCGAUCACUGCGUUGCAAGCCUGACCGCGUACGAGCUGUGUUGCGCAACUCCUUCUUCUUGCCGCCCGCGCCAGCUGUUAGCACAGGUCCGUCCGGUCAAGCUGCUCUGACGAGCGCAGCGCCGCUCGAGGCUGCCAUCGGGUUCAGGGAGCAGACUGAUCUGCCUGGUACUGUCGCGCCGCAGGCGUACGCCGAUACUGCUACGAUCAUACUCGCCAGGCGCCCGCAGGACAAGGGAUCCCCUUCGCCUGGCCCACAGAUACCGUGCACCAUCAACGGCCGCCGAAGGAGUUUCCUGGCUGGGCUGCGAAGGACACGCACAGCAUCAAGCGAUCCUGCCCCGCCGACUGCUGCACUCCUCAGUAGCGUCGCUAGCGAAGUUCCCAGUCCUGAAAUUGCGCACGAGUCGUCCGAUGUCUCGACAGCGCAGGUGCAGAUGAUCCCAGCAGUGGCUGAGAAGUAUUUCGCUGCGCCUCUCUCAGCAGAGAGCACACAGAACCCUUUCGAGCGGGGCAGCCUCUCGAGUAUUGCUCCGGCACAGCGGCCAUAUGUUCUGGGCGCGCUCAUGUGCAUCAAAGACGACCAAGACUUUGCAGAGGCAGUCGAGCAGCUCGGUCAGAAGUUCGCGAUCAACGAGACACCCGAUGUCGACGACUGGCGAAUGCACAUGCGCGUCCUCUUUGUCUUACGCGAGCUGCGAGAAUCGGAGCGCACGUACGCUAUGCAUCUCAACUCUAUGAUCAAGCUACUCGACAGCAAUACUGCAGCACUCAAUGAUGCGGCCGAACAUGUUCAGAUCGACUCUGAAGACGCGGUGCUACUCGACCAGUGCAAGUUCCUCCGGCAGUACCUUGCACCCUUGCACAGAGUCUCUGUGCGCUUCUCCCGUCUGCUUGCUGCCAAUCCGACCGCAAGCGGCGCUGCCGGUGCGCUGUUUGCAUCACAGGCGGAGCUCCAGACCGCCUACAAUGUGUGGUCGCACGUUGCAGAAGAAGCAAUGCAAGCAGCUCGCUCCGUCACCUUUCACACCGCUACCACUCUUGGCGAGCGGUCUGGUACACACGUAGCGGGACGCAAUAACUCGAAACGGCUCAGCAAGCUCACUUCGGUCCUGUCGCCCAGAGCACGCAGCAGACGCUACGAGAAGAUCGGUGCGACUGCCGGUCUGUCACGUCUAGCAAUGACAGACGUGGUCAUUAUGCCCAUUCAGCGUAUCACGCGCCUCGCGCUUUUCUACAAAGAGCUCCGCGCGCUCCUUGGUCCAGACGAUGAAGCCGCGGCUGUGCUGCAGGAGGCUCUCGUCGCAGCUCGGUCCCUCGCGAGCAUAUGUAACGAGGCCAGGCACUCGCUAAGCAGGCCGUCUUCGACUCAGUCCACACACUAA